AUGAAGCUCAACAUCUCCUACCCGGCCAAUGGGUCUCAGAAGAUCAUCGAGAUCGACGAUGAGCGCAAGCUCCGUCCCUUCAUGGAGAAGCGCAUGGGAACCGAAGUCCCCGGCGACUCCCUCGGUGACGAAUUCAAGGGUUACCUCCUCAAGAUCACCGGUGGUAACGACAAGCAAGGUUUCCCCAUGAAGCAGGGUGUUCUCCUUCCUACCCGUACCCGCCUCCUCCUCGCUGAGGGCCACAGCUGCUACCGCCCCCGCCGCACCGGUGAGCGCAAGCGCAAGAGUGUCCGUGGUGCCAUCACCGGUCAGGAUCUCGCUGUCCUUGCCCUGAGCAUUGUCAAGCAGGGUGAGGGUGAGCUCCCCGGUCUCACCGACACCGUUGUCCCCAAGCGCCUCGGCCCCAAGCGUGCCACCAAGAUCCGUCGUUUCUUCGGUCUCGACAAGAAGGAUGAUGUCCGCAAGUUCGUCAUCCGCCGUACCGUCACCCGUGAGGGCAAGGCCGACUACACCAAGGCCCCCAAGAUCCAGCGUCUGGUCACUCCCCAGCGUCUCCAGCGCAAGCGCCAAAGGGUUGCCCUCAAGCGCCGCCGCGCUGAGGCUGCUCGCGAGGCUGCUAACGACUACGCCAAGCUCCUUGCCAGCCGUGUCCACGAGGAGAAGGCCAAGCGUGACGAGCUCCGCAAGCGCAGAGCCUCUUCGAUGAGAAAGUAAAUAUUUUUCGUCCACGGGGAAUAAUGGUCGGGUCUGUGUCGUCUCUGUUCUAGUACAUGUUAGAGACUUGCAGCGUGGGAAGAAAGUCUAGGAAAGGAAAUCUCAGCAACGGGAAGGGGGUUUCCUUCCCUCUUCUUUCAUUCUCUCUCUCUCUCUCUCGCGUCCUAUCUUGCACUUCUCGUAGCAGGGCAACGAACGUAGUCCACGGCUUCCUUGACGGAAGGAAAAUUAGAGAGUUGAGAAAAGGUUGGGGGACGGAGGAGAUUAUGGGCGUCUGCGGGACCAAGACUUUUGGCGUGCCACUUUAUUUGUUUUAUCCAAAAAAUGGAAAUGCAAUAUCCCAAACCUUUCUAAUGGGCAUGAAAAGCAAAAAAUGUUAAAAUGUGUUCCC